AUGUGGUCCAUUUACUGCGUGAACGCUUUCCAGUCCAACAUUACUUACAACCUUUCGCCCUUUAUUACCUCCGGAUUCGAAGCGCAUUCCUUGCUCCCCGUCAUCUCCAUCAUUGGCUCCAUUAUGGGAGCCGCAACCUACAUGCCCCUUGCCAAGGUGCUGAACCUGUGGGAUCGUACUGUUGGUCUUCUGAUCAUGCUUGCGUUCUUCCUUCUCGGAUUGAUCUUGUCAGCAACUUGCAACAGCAUUGGAACAUAUUGUGCCGCUCAGGUCUUUUACUCUAUCGGAUCUGCCGGUCUGAUCUUCUGUGUCGACGUUGUCACUAUCGAUACUUCUACUCUGCGCAGCAGAGGUCUGGCUUAUGCACUCACCUCGUCUCCGUUCAUCAUCACCGCAUACGCUGGUCCCGCAGCUGCCCAGCAAUUCCAUGAGACCAACUGGCGCUGGGGAUACGGAACCUUCUGUAUCGUCCUACCUUGCGUUGUCCUCCCCUUCUUUGGUCUGCUACGCUACUUCCGCUCCAAGGCUAAAAAGAAUGGACUUCUCAAGGAGAAACCGAAGACCAGUAGGACCUUCAGACAGAGUGUUUGGUACUAUGUCAUUGAGUUUGACGUGCUCGGUGUUUUCCUUUUGACUGCCGGUCUCUCUUUGUUCCUGCUUCCGUUCACCAUCGCAGGCUCUGCCGAAGACGACUGGAGAUCUCCCCACAUCAUUGUCAUGCUUGUCAUCGGUUUCUGCUGUUUGAUUGGCUUUGCUCUGGCAGAACGCUUCCUCGCUCCCGUUCCUUUCCUUCCUUGGGAGCUCCUCGCUAACAGAACUGUCAUUGGCGCUUGUUUGAUUGAUGCCACUUACCAGAUCUCUUACUACUGUUGGUAUGACUACUUCACGUCCUACCUUCAGGUCGUCUUCGGAGUGGAUGUAUCUACCGCCGGUUACAUCGGCAGCAUCUUCGACGUCGUUUCUGGUGUAUGGCUCUUCUGCGUUGGUUUUGCUAUCAAAGGCACCAAUCGCUUCCGCUGGCUGCUCUGGAUCGCCGUCCCUCUCUACAUCCUCGGUAUUGGGCUGAUGAUCUACUUCCGCCAGCCCGGCUUCUCUGUUGGUUACACGAUCAUGUGCCAGAUCUUCAUCGCUUUCGCCGGAGGUACCAUGAUUAUUUGCCAACAGGUUGCUGUUCUCUCUGCAUCCGACCACAACAAUGCCGCUGCAGCUCUUGCUUUCCUCAACGUCUUCGGUAACAUCGGUGGUGGUAUCGGUGGCAGUAUCUCUGGUGCUGUCUGGCAACACACUUUGCCCAGCGCAUUGCAGAAGUAUCUUCCUGCCGAUGCUCUCGCCGACUGGGAGACCAUCUACGAAGAUCUUGAAACUCAGCUCAGCUACGCCAUGGGUGAUCCCGUCCGUGAAGCCAUCAUCAAGGCUUACGCAGUCGCACAGAGCAGAAUGCUGAUUGCCGGCACUUGCAUCAUGGCAACAUCACUUGUUUGGAUGUUCAUCAUCAAGGACGUCAAGCUCACCAAGACUCAGACCAAGGGUGUCUUGUUCUAA